AAUAUUGAACCUUGAAACACGUUCAAGCUUAAAGAUUGUUUAAUCAAUAGUAACAGGCCACCUCUGCCCUACCUUUCAAUUUGUUUUGCAGUUAUUUAGCUUACGCUUAGUUAAUCGAAAAAUGAACGACAGUGAGAUCGACAACUUGAAGACCGAGUUAGACCAUGAAAAAUCAUGCAGAGAGGCAAUAGCUUGGCAGAAUGAUGAUUUCCAAAAGCAAAUCGUGUCGGUUCAAGACGAGCUUCGUAAAACCGACUACAUUUGGGAUAACGAUGAAGACUUGGAGCGGGAGAGCUCGAGGCACAAGCACCUCCUGGACGCAAUAGACCAGUUGAAAGCGGAGCUGCCUAUUUGGAAAGAAAAGUUGAAGAACGCCAAAAUUUGCGGACCAGAUUGCAAGCUGAAGCACGAUGAUUUGAACAUAAACCUCGACAUUCUUACUCCAGCUGAGCUUCUUCGUACUGUGAAGCGGUUCGAGAGGAUCAAGACAGACCUGAUCAGCACCCUUCGCAGUAAGGAGUGGCGUCUCGAUUCCGAGUCCAAGUUGUUCGUGCGUGUGAACGACCAGCGGACGUACCUGCAGAACGAGCUGAUGAUCUGUCAGAACAAUAUCAUGCGCCUGCAGAGAAACGGCUCGUAUUGGCAGUAAGUAUCUUAUUACACGUCCCCCGACGAGCCGACGAGCGAGUGCUGGACAAGCGAGGACCUCUCAAGAAGGUCCUAGGAUCCGGUCUAGGCCAGCGCCUGCCCCCCAUCGCCACCUAAUGUGCUUCACCACUUCACACCGACAUUCACAGUUAUUUGUAUUUUCAUUUAAGUAUUGUUACUUUGGAAA